GGCACACUGACUGGGAAGUGAAACUGUCAAUGUCAAAGGAUCCUGGAUCAGCUGGAUGAGCCUGAUCCGUCUAACAUCCACCGAUAACAACACAGCUGAGGAGAGGGCCGAGCACACCGGAGCUAGCGACACAACGGCAGCCUCGCUUUGUUUUCAGGCAGCAUGAACUCCCUUCCUGGAAAAACGGUGCUGUCUCUAUGCAGACGCACGUCGGCCGGGGCCCUGAGGGUCUUUGCGGGCUCCCCGGCUGUCCCCGUCGGGCUCCAGCCGGCAGACAGGGCCUCUUUUCAGGCCGUCCGGGUCUGCUCCGGAACCAGCCGCAAAGGCAGCGUCAGCACGAAGAAACGAGGCUACGACAUCACCAGAAACCCCCACCUGAACAAGGGAAUGGCGUUCACUUUGGAGGAGCGCCUAGAGCUGGGCAUCCACGGCCUGCUGCCCCCCUGCUUUCUGUCCCAGGACGUCCAGGUGCUGCGUGUCAUGAAGAGCUAUGAAACGCGCACCAACCCCUUGGACAAGUACAUCCUGCUGAUGACUCUGCAGGACAGGAACGAGAAGUUGUUCUACCGUCUGCUGACGUCUGACGUGGAGGAGUUCAUGCCCAUCGUGUACACUCCCACUGUCGGCCUGGCCUGCCAGCAGUACGGCCUGGCCUUCAGGAGACCGCGAGGACUGUUUAUCACCAUCCAUGAUAAGGGCCACAUCGCCACCAUGCUGAACUCCUGGCCUGAAGAAAACAUAAAGGCCAUCGUGGUGACCGACGGGGAGCGUAUCCUGGGUCUGGGCGACCUGGGCAGCUACGGUAUGGGCAUCCCUGUGGGGAAGCUGGCCCUGUACACGGCCUGUGGCGGGGUGCCGCCCCAGCAGUGCCUCCCUGUGCUGCUGGACGUGGGCACUGACAACCAGGCACUGCGGGACGACCCCCUGUACAUCGGACUGAAGCACAAGAGAGUCAGAGGAAAGGAGUACGACGACCUCAUCGAUGAGUUCAUGCAGGCGGUGACUGACAAGUACGGGAUGAACUGCCUGAUUCAGUUUGAGGACUUUGCCAACAGCAACGCUUUCCGCAUUCUCAACAAGUACAGGAACCGUUACUGCACCUUCAACGACGACAUCCAAGGCACUGCAUCAGUCGCUGUCGCCGGCAUCUUAGCUGCUUUGAAGAUCACCAAGAACAAACUGCUGGACCACACGUUUGUGUUCCAGGGGGCAGGAGAGGCCGCUCUGGGUAUCGCCCACCUGCUGAUGAUGGCCAUGGCCAAAGAGGGCAUAACGAGAGAAGAAGCUGCUAAGAGGAUCUGGAUGGUCGACUCUAAAGGUCUCAUUGUGAAGGGACGAGGCCAUCUGAACCACGAGAAGGAGGAGUUUGCUCAUGACCACCCGCACCUGAAGACCCUGGAGGAGGUGGUGCACACCCUCAAACCCUCCGCCAUCAUAGGAGUGGCUGCUGUAGCAGGAGCUUUCACUGAGAAGAUUAUCAAAGACAUGGCGUCCUUCAAUGACAGGCCAAUCAUCUUUGCCCUCAGUAACCCCACCAGCAAGGCAGAGUGCACGGCCGAGCAGUGCUACACGCUCACAGAGGGCCGGGGCAUCUUUGCCAGUGGAAGCCCCUUCAACAAGGUGACCCUGGCUGAUGGGCGCACCUUCUACCCAGGGCAGGGCAACAACGCCUACGUGUUUCCUGGGGUGGCUUUGGGUGUCAUCGCGUGUGGGGUUCGCCACAUAUCUGACGACAUCUUCCUUACCACUGCAGAGGCAAUAGCUGACAUGGUAACAGAGGAGCACUUGGCUGAGGGGAGACUGUAUCCUCCUCUCAAUACCAUAAGAGAGGUGUCCUUUAAGAUUGCAGUGAAGAUCGUCAACUAUGCGUACAAGCACAACAUAGCUUCAGUGUACCCCGAGCCCAAGGACAAGGAGGCGUUUGUGCUGUCCCACGUCUACAGUCCUGACUACGACUCCUUCACCUUGGACACGUACAAAUGGCCCCAGGAAGCCAUGCACGUCCAGGACGUCUGAUCGCCCCAGCACUGCCAUCGCCGUCUCUCUGUCUCUCCUGCGGCACCAAAUACAACCUCUGCAUUGCCCCCAUUCACCAAUUACUCAUGCCUUUAUGUAGAUAUUUUUUUUUAAAUAAAUGCCAACAUGUCACUGCUGCCCUCACAUCCACCGAGACCCCGUGCACCCGAUGGUCGUUGUAGUAACUAAAAUGCACAACGAUCAGCCAACCAAAUAGCAUAUGUUAAGGAUACUGAGUGCCUCUAGUGGCAUUUCGCAUUACUCAGUGUUGUCAUGUUAAUGUUGUUUCAUGUGUUUUCUCUGUCAGUGCUGCACAUUUUAUCAGUGCACUGUCCCUGACUAAAAAAAAAAUAUAUAUAUUUAUUGCAUUUGCACAACAACAUAUCAGAUGCUUUUUAAAUAUGUCCUUAUCCCCGUGUAACUCAACUAAAAUACACUCCUCUCACUGGGUUUUCUAGCUCAGUUGUUGUGCUGUACGCUAUUAGAAAUGACUUUGAGUAUCUCGUUUUGGGGGUUGAAAAGGAUAAAAAAUACAUAAAUAAAUAGAUAAUAAUUAAAUUUAAAAAAAAAAAAAAAAAACCUCGGUAAUCCACAGUAGUGACUACAGAGCUCUGGAAGGAAAGACUCAUCUUAAAGC